AUGAGCACUCUCACUACAGAGAAGGGAGUACAAGCUACAACAGAAGUGUAUGUCAUCAAAACUUUGAACAGAGCAUUACUAGGUAGACCUGCUAUAGAGAAACUUAACUUGGUUAAAACAGUCGCAGACAUACAUCAACAGUCAGUCCAGAUUGAAGAGAAAAAGAAACAGUUUCCAAAGCUAUUUAGUGGACUUGGUAAGUUUCAUGGAGAAUACAAGAUUGAAUUAAGAGAGGACGCAAAGCCCUAUGCUAUUACAACGGCUAGACGGGUAGCCUUACCAUUACUCGACAAGGUGAAGGACGAACUUCAGAGAAUGGAACAGCAGGGCGUUAUUUCUCCAGUAGUGGAACCUACAGAUUGGUGUUCCGGUCUAGUGGUCGUACCUAAGAAAGAUGGGAGAGUUCGCAUAUGUGUAGACCUUACUCAGUUGAAUAAAUCAGUGCGUAGAGAACACCAUCAACUUCCAAGUGUGGAACAAACCUUACACAGUCUGACCGGUGCUAAGGUGUUUUCGAAAAUAGAUGCGAAAGCUGGAUUCUGGCAGAUUCCUCUAGAACAAACCUCAAGAUUACUGACAACAUUUAUCACACCCUUUGGACGGUAUUGCUUUAACCGCUUACCAUUUGGUAUCUCGUCAGCCCCGGAGCACUUCCAGAGACGCAUGUCACAGUUACUUGAUAGUGAGCUCGGAGUAGUGUGCCAAAUGGACGAUGUACUCAUAUUUGGUACUAAUCAAGAGGAACAUGACCAAAGACUUGAAAGCGUGUUGAAAAAACUUGAGACAGCUGGUGUCACAUUGAAUGAGGAGAAAUGUGAGUUCUCCAAACCACAGGUAACAUUCGUAGGGCACAUCAUUGACUCUACUGGGAUUCGACCAGACCCAAAGAAAGUGCAAGCCAUAUUGAAAUUUGAGGCCCCCAGCAACGUGUCUGAAGUCCGACGAUUCAUGGGUAUCGUUAAUCAACUGGGAAGAUUUUCACCCAAUAUCGCGGAAAAAUCUAAGCCUAUCAGAGACCUUCUACAAAAGGACACGACUUGGCUAUGGGGACCGCCACAAUCUUCAGCAUUCCAACAGAUCAAACAGGAAUUAAGUUCCACCCCGGUGUUGUCGCUCUAUGAUCCAGCUGCUCCUACUAAGGUAUCUGCAGACGCGUCGUCUUAUGGAUUGGGAGGCGUUCUACUUCAGAAACCGCGAGAUAACAGUGACCAGGACUGGAAACCAGUCGCUUACGCAUCUAGGGCGAUGAAUGCCACAGAACAACGAUAUGCGCAAGUUGAAAAGGAGGCUCUGGCAGCGACUUGGGCCUGUGAAAAAUUUUCAGACCUACUGGUUGGUAUGCAUUUCCAGAUCGAAACUGAUCACAAGCCUUUGGUUUCUUUGCUUGGAUCAAAGCCUUUAUCCGAACUACCACCCAGAGUUCAACGGUUUCGCAUGCGUCUCAUGCGCUAUGAUUAUGACAUCAACCAUGUCCCAGGGAAACUUUUGUACAUUGCUGAUGCUCUAUCGAGAGCCCCUUUAAGACAAUCAGAACCCCCAGAGGAGGAAUCUUUCCAUCAGGAAGUAGAAGCAUACGUCGACAGUAUACUGAUGAACGUACCGGCUUCAGAAGCACGGUUGGAGGAGAUAAGACUAAAACUCCGUGAAGAUUCUGUCUGUGGAAUCAUAUUAAGUUACUGUCAGGACGGCUGGCCUGGAUACGAAAAGCCGUCUAUCUCGGUCGCAACUAGACCCUACUGGCAAGUGAAGGACGAGUUGUCGGUCUGUCAAGGUCUGCUUCUCAGAGGAAAUCGUUUAGUCAUUCCUACGUCACUUCGCGCUGAAAUCAUGCAGAAACUACACGACGGUCAUCAGGGUAUUGUUAAGUGUAGGGAACGCGCCAAGGACUCUGUAUGGUGGCCUGGAAUGAAUCGUGAAAUCGCGGACGUUGUUAAGAACUGUACUACAUGCAUCAGAAAGAGGGCGGACAUUCCAGAACCGCUCAAACCCUCAGAAUUCCCUGAACGCCCUUGGCAGAAAUUGGGCACCGACCUUUUUCAUUGGAAAGGGUCAAACUACCUUCUCGUAGUUGAUUAUUUCUCGAGGUAUAUCGAGUUGGCGAAAUUGAGUUCGACAACAUCACCGGACAUUGUACUGCACUUACAGACCAUGUUCGCAAGACAUGGCAUACCAGAGACACUAGUGUCCGAUAACGGACCGCAGUACGCGAGCGCUGUGUUUCAACAGUUUGCAGACAAGUAUGGAUUCAUCCACAGGACAAGCAGCCCUCAUCACCCUCAGGGCAACGGAGAAGCAGAGAGGGCUGUCCAAACGGUAAAACGUUUAUUUGGUGGUUCUAAGGAUUCGUAUCUCGCCCUGUUGGCAUAUCGCGCGACACCCCUCAGAUGUGGACACAGUCCAGCUGAGCUGUUAAUGGGUCGUAAAAUCAGAACGACUCUUCCAGAAAAUCCAAAUAAUCUGGAACCUAAGUGGCCCGACUUGACAGACUUUCGAGCCAAAGAACGCGAGCACCGCGUGUUGCAGAAGCAAAACUUUGAUAGGUCCCAAAGGGCUAAGGAACGCCCACCGCUACGCUCUGGUGAUAUGGUGUGGGUAUCUGGCCCAGGAGGAGGAUAUAGUGGUACCAUUAGAGAACCAGUGUCAGACAGGUCAUUCCUCGUAAACGGCCCCUCUGGCACAGUUAGAAGGAAUCGUCGUCACUUAAUGCUGGAACCUGAAAACCUGGAACCCGAUGAGCCAGAAGGAAUGCAUAAUUUUCCAAAUGAACAAACUGUGCUAAAAUCCUUUGCUAAAAAUUGUUCUAGUCAGAUGGUAGUUGGCACCCCGGGGAAGCCUGUUAGUGUCAGUGUGUCUAGCCCUAACGUGUCAAAGACAGUUGAGCCAAGUGUAGUUAGAACGCGCAGUGGUAGGGUUUCGAAGGUCCCACAGAAAAUGGAUAUGUAA